AUGGCGGAUAGCAAAGACCGAAAAAUCCUGUUCGUUUGCCUCGGAAAUAUAUGUCGUUCACCUUCCGCCGAAGCAAUCCUCAAACAUCUUCUCGAAAAAAGAGGGAACAGCGCUGAUUGGGAAAUUGAUAGCGCCGGAAUACUUGAUCUCCAUCGCGGACUUCGAUCGGACAGUCGUGGCUUAAAAGUGUUGAAGAAACACGGAAUUGCGAAUCCACACCGAGCUAGACAGGUACACGAAGAUGAUUUCCGCCACUUCGAUGUCAUAAUGGCCUUUGAUGAUAGUAAUGUGGAGGAUCUGAAGGAAUUUAGGCCUACUGAUGGAACUGCGAGAGCUAAAGUGAAGCUGUUUGGAACGUACGAUCCUAAAGGACAACGAACAAUUGAGGAUCCUUAUUACGGAGAUAGUUCGGACUUUGAAGAAAUGUUUGAUCAUAUAUACAGAUGCUGUGAGGAAUUUCUUCGACAGUCAAGAUAA